AACACAAAAUAAAUUGAACAGUGACAAGUUUUUGUUUUCGGUGUACUGUUUCACUGUGAUUCCAUCAUCAUGAUUUAUAAAAUGAGUCAUAUUCAAGAAGAAAAUAAUAAUAUUGUUAAAUCGAAAAAAAGUGUAUUUGUGGAGAAUGUUACGUUAUCACAAUUACCAAAGAAUGCACCAUCGAUUUGUGAAUUUUAUGCUGAUCAAAAUAUCUUGAUUACUGGCGGUACUGGUUUUAUGGGCAAAGUUUUAAUUGAGAAAUUACUUCGUUCAUGUCCAAAAAUUAAGGGAAUUUAUUUAUUAUUACGUUCGAAGAAAAAUUAUACGGAUGAACAAAGAUUAAGUAAACUCUUAGAUAUACCUUUAUUUGAAAGAUUAAGAAACGAGUUCCCACAAUCAUUAUCAAAACUAAAAGUUAUUAAAGGAGAUGUUAGCGAAAUAGAAUUUGGAUUAUCUGGUUCUGAUAUGAAAUUUAUAAUAAAUGAAAUAAACAUUGUAUUCCAUGUGGCAGCGUCUGUUCGUUUUGAUGAUCCUUUGAGAGAAGCCAUUUUAAUUAAUACACGAGGAACUAGAGAAAUGUUAAGAAUACUUAAACAAAUGCAAAAUUUAAAGGUUUUCUUGCAUACGUCAACCACUUAUUGUAAUGUUGAUAAGGACGUAGAUGCUAUUGAAGAAAAGGUUUACAAAGCAACAACCAAUUGGGAAACUAUGAUCAAUGCAGCUGAAAAUAUGGAUACAAAUGUGCUCAAUUUUCUGGAACAAAAAAUUUUAAAUAAGUAUCCAAAUACGUAUACAUUUUCCAAAAAUCUGUCUGAAGAACUUGUGUCUGAAAAUUGUGGAGGUAUACCAACUGUCAUUUUUCGUCCAACAGUCGUGGUUGGCUCAGACAAAGAACCAAUACCUGGAUGGGUAGAUAGCUUUAAUGGACCAAUGGGCCUAGUUGCAGGAGUUCAAGUUGGUAUACUUCAUACAGUGUAUAUUGACGGUGAUAAGAAGUUAGAUUGGGUGCCUGUUGACGUAGCAAUUAAUGGAAUGAUAGUAUCUGCAUGGUAUAAAGCGUUGGAACAAUCGGAGCGUAAUAAAUGCCUAAUAAUCAAUUCAUCAACUGCUGACUUUGUAAAAUUUGAAAAUAAAUCGAUGUUUGAAGAUGGAUUACGUAUAGAAAAUGCAAAAAAUCCACCAAGUCAAUUAUUAUGGUAUCCAUUUUGUUUUUAUACGCCCAAUAAAUAUUUUUAUUGGUUUUAUUUUGUAACACUACAAUUAAUUCCAGCAAUAUUUUUAAUAUUUUAUUCAAAUAUGAAGCUUGCACCGUUCACAUUAAAUGAAUUUAAAUUUAAAAAUGAUAAUUUUAAAUCGUUGCAUGCAAUGUUGAAAUUAGAAGACAUGGACAAAUUUUCAGUGGAUUAUUCUACAAUUGAAAUCCAAGAUCGAUUUGCUACGUUAGUAGAUGGUUCAGUGAAGUAUCUAUUAAAAGGCAAGAGCCAUACAAAAGAAACACUGGAUGAACGAUUAUCGAAUUUUCAAAUGAAAUUUUACCUGCAUGUAGGGUUAAUGUGUUUUUUAAUGAUCUGUUCCUUAUUCAUUAUGAAUUUUUGGGCUGGAAAAUUUUUGUAUAAACGUUACAUUUAA